ACAAUCGCGUUACUCUGUCAAGGCUUGGCGUCACGCUCGGUAAAAUCGCCUUUCGAGGUUUUGUCAGGUGACACGUGAUCCCACACCUCUUCUACUUCCUAACCGUCACCCUUCCUCAUUUGCCCGCUAUGGCCACCUCGGACAGGAAACCUCUCCCAUUUGCCGCCAACUUUGCCGCCGGCGCCAUCGCGGGGAUAUCAGAGAUCCUGACUUUCUACCCACUCGGUAUGUUCCUAUGUUGUAAGUCCACCUCGGCCCGUGAUCCGUUCGCGCGCUCCCUCUCACGCUUCGCGCAGGUCAAAACUCGCAUGCAGCUCGAGACGGGCAAGUCGUCGGAGGGGUUGAUCGGAAGUUUUAGGACGAUUGUUCGGCAGGAGGGCGUGGGCCGUUUGUAUCGAGGUCUCGUUCCGCCACUGCUUUUGGAGGCGCCCAAGCGCGCAGUCAAGUUUGCGGCCAAUGACUUCUGGGGAAAGACAUAUCUCUCGUUCAGCGGCGAAACAAAGAUGACUCAGAGUCUGUCGAUCAUCACUGGAUGUUCCGCAGGUGCAACGGAGAGUAUCGUGGUCGUUCCCUUCGAGCUGGUCAAAAUCAAAAUGCAAGACAAGACGAGUACUUUCAAGGGCCCGAUGGAAGUUGUUCGGCACAUCAUCAAGACCGAUGGGCUUUUGGGAAUGUAUGCAGGCAUGGAGUCUACCUUCUGGCGGCACUUGUGGUGGAAUGGUGGAUUCUUCGGCUCCAUCUUCCAGGUCCGAGCCUUGCUUCCGAAGGCUGAGACUCCCCAAGGAACGCUUUUGAACAACUUUAUCUCCGGAUCUAUUGGUGGAUUUGCUGGCACUUGUUUGAACACUCCCUUUGAUGUUGUAAAAUCUCGGAUCCAGGGCGCUGCCAAGGUGCCCGGCGUGGCUCCGAAAUACAACUGGACAUACCCCGCUUUGGUUACGAUCGCCCGCGAGGAGGGCAUCGGUGCGUUGUAUAAGGGUUUCGUGCCCAAGGUCCUGCGGCUGGCACCUGGCGGCGGAGUGUUGCUCCUCGUCGUCGAAUUUACGCUGGGCGUUUUCCGACAAGCGCUUGGCCCUCCGUAUGUGUAGAGACGUUGACGAAAUGACCAAGGUCUCUCUUAUUGAUUUCGUAUGCGGUACACUCGUAUGAUUCGGUAGUUAUAUUGAAUAGAAUACCGGAAGCAAAUAGAUGCCAGUACACUCCAAGUGUGGAAUUG